AUGCCUGGCGCUUUCGGACCUGAGGAUUACAUCGACUUUUAUGAGAACCCCCUCGAAGUUCUUGACAAUUUGGAGUCUGCUUGGAAAAAUAGGGAACCACGAAUUACCUGGUCCACCAACAACUUGCCAACCCUUGACGAUGUUGACUUUGACUGGCGCACAUACGAUCCGCCAGGUGCACUGAGGAGGGCUCCUAACAUAACAUCUCAGGUUCUCCUGGAUAUACUCCAGUCAUCGGUUCAGAAUGUCAAAGAAAGGAAUGUCGAAGAGGAUCGCCGGAAGAAAGAAGCUGAUGCUCAACGACAGUUUCAAGAGAAUGAAAAGGUCAAAAACAAAGGACCGUACCUGCCCAUCAUCAUUCCUAUGGAAAAACCCGUCCAAGAUGAUACGAGUAAAGAUGUACCCAAGAUCAAACCCGAUAUACUCAUGACAACUUUUGGUCCCAGUGUCACUGUUACAAAGAACGGGGCCAAGGCAAACAAGAAGCGCCUCGUUGCACUUCGUCGGUUCUUCCAGCGCAGCGAAGAAAAGGGCGAAAACAGUGCUGCAGGAGCGGUCCUGAUGGCUCUGCGAGAAGAAGCUGGGGAGACCGAACCUGGCAGCGAGAACCUCGUUCGUUUGACCAAGCCCGAUACCGUCGAGGAAGUUGGAUGCGUGUCAUGUCUCGACGACUUCCACCCCAAGGAUGUCAUAAAAGUGCCUUGCCAUAGUUACUGUCACGAUUGCUUCAUCCGUCUGGUUUCCGCUGCGUGCCAGAACGAGCAGCAAUGGCCACCUAAAUGUUGUUUGAACGAGGUCCCAGUCAAAAUCGUCCUUCGAUUCAUUCCGUCUAACCUUAAGAAAACGUUUGAAGAACGGUCCAAGGAGUGGGAAUUACCCGUCAGCGAACGAGUUUAUUGCAGCGAACCUAACUGCAGUCUCUGGAUAAAGCCUAAACGAAUCGACCUAAGCAGGCGCAGAGGUGUUUGCGAUCGAUCUCAUCGAACGUGUACAUUAUGUAGAGGGCCGGCUCAUCAGGGAGAAGAGUGCCCCCAGGACGUUGAUAUGACCCUUACGAAUCAACUAGCCGAAGACGAAGGCUGGAAAAGGUGUUCCAAAUGCCAUGCUUUGGUUGAACAUAGGGAGGCCUGCCAGCAUAUGACUUGUCGAUGCGGGAAUCAAUUUUGUUAUGUCUGUGAGAGGCGCUGGCGAACUUGCGAGUGCACAAUGGAGCACCUUCAAGCAGUCAAGGACGGAGCUGCAGCCAGACGAGAAGAAAGACGAGUUAAUGAAUUAGCGGAGGCUGAGGAGAUACGGCAAGCUCUUCUGCAGAUCGAAGAGUUUGAGCGUGAAGAAGCUCUCAAGGCUGAGCUAUUGCGACAGGAGCAGGAGCGGUUGGAAGAGGAACGCCGGCAGCACGAGCUCGAGGAAAGGGCUCGACAGGAAAGCAUUCGCCGAAGAGAUAUCGAAACCAAGUACCAAGAGUUACGGAUUCUACUCGACCAAUUAAAUGAGCUACAGCAAGUAUUGCUCGAAGUUGACCAGGAAAAGGAGGGCGAGAACAUGGUCAUUGGCAUCGAAUCCGCGAAAGACUCUUUGGAAAGGAAACACGAUUCAGAACGGUCUGAGUUGAAGAUCAGUAUUUCGAAGAAGAUGGCCGAGAAGGAAGACGCCUUGAACAAAGAUUUCCAAAUUCGAGCAGCUCAAGAGAAUGACCUUGAGCAAGCCUACCAUGAGCGCCUCAAAGCAUAUUGGAAGGACAGGAAAGAUGGGGACGAAGAAAUAGAAAAUGCGAUGCUCGAUUUGAGAAAGCGCAUGGAUCAGAAACAAUAUGCCUGGCAAAAGUGGAAGGCUGAGCAGCUCAAGGACUUGGAGGCAAAACUUCAAGACAACGAAACCUACAGAGAGGAGCUCAUGUACAGCGCCAAGCACAGACUGGACGAUUCCUGCCAAGAGAAGGAGAGAGAGAUGGUGAGGCGUAUGGCUGCUGAAAAUAAGUGGCUCGAAGCUGUUGUAUUAGAGAGGGAGAAGCUCCUCAGUGAGUGGGAGUAUGAGGAGGUUGAAGGCGAUGCUGAUAGUAUAUUUGCACCAGAGUCAGAUGGUGCUGGGGACGGAAACUAUAUUGUUGGAACGGCGUCGUAG